AUGAGACGGCCCUUGGAUAUCAACAAACUACUUUCUUCGCGAAACAAUGAUUUGCAUCAAAGUAAAAUCACCAAGCCUUCUUUUUUAUCGAAGAAAGAAAGGCAGAAGUUAGCAUUGCAAAAAGCCAUGAAAGAAAAGGUUCUCAAGCCUGAGCCGAAGAACGUACAGGCUAAAAAUACUGAUGAGAUCAGGUUAGGUGCUGAGCACGACGAUAUCUCGAAUGAUGAAGAUCACAAAUCUCUUCAGCAGAAGAAAAGUAAGUUUAGAUUUGAUUGGAACCAAGAGGACGACACUCUAGCAGGGUAUGAUCCAAUUGUCAAAUCGAAAGUACCCAUACGGUGGAAUUCAGACUAUGACAAUCGAGACAACUCAUAUAUGGGAAAGCAUUGGACUGAAAAGUCCUUUGAAGAGAUGACUGAACGUGAUUGGAGGAUAUUACGCGAAGAUUUCCAUAUCGUCACCAAAGGGGGUUCGAUCCAACAACCUCUGCGCAAUUGGUCGGAAUUGGGCUUAAUUUCAGCUGAGCUUCUUGAGAUAUUAACUUCCAAGCUUAAGUAUUAUGAUCCGACUCCUAUUCAAAGAGUGACCAUCCCAAAUGUCUGCACAGGGAGAGAUUUCCUCGGUGUUGCUGCAACGGGUUCUGGUAAGACACUUGCGUUUUUGAUUCCAAUUUUGACCCAACUCCAGUCCAUACCAUCUUUAAACAGCAUAACAAAACUUGAUGGUCCAUUUGCACUGAUUAUGGCACCCACUCGAGAAUUGGCCCAACAGAUAGAGUCAGAGGCAAAUAAACUAAUUGAAAACUGGUCGAGACCGACCUCUGUAGUAAGUAUUGUCGGAGGGCACUCCAUGGAAGAAAUUUCGUAUAAGCUUUCUCUGGGUUGUGAUAUAUUGGUAGCUACACCAGGUCGUCUCAUCGAUUGUUUGGAUAAUCGCCUAUUAGUUUUAAAGCAGGUCAAACUGCUAGUGCUAGAUGAAGCCGAUCGAAUGAUCGAUUUUGGGUUCGAAGAACAGUUGACAAGCAUUCUCGCAAAAACAGAAUCUAUAGAUAAAAGACAAACUAUGAUGUUCACCGCUACCAUGUCAUCAACUAUAGAAAAGGUUGCCAGUGGCUAUUUGAAGAAACCUGCAUAUGUGUCGAUUGGAGGAGAAAAUACCAAGGCUCGUAUCAAGCAAGUUGUUGAAUAUAUUCCCAGUGAAGAACAAAGGUUCAUAAAAUUGUCAAGAGAGAUUCUCCCCAGGUUUGAGCCACCGAUUAUAAUAUUUAUUAAUUACAAGAAGACGGCUGACUGGUUGGCUUCCAAAUUUUUUUCGGACACUGAGUACAAAGUUACUACUUUACAUGGGUCAAAAUCACAAGAACAAAGAGAGCAAUCUUUAAAUCUUUUGAGAACCGGUAAGGCUGAUAUAAUGAUUGCCACUAAUGUAGCUGGUAGAGGUAUUGACGUUCCGAACGUUUCGUUAGUGGUAAAUUUCCAAAUGUCUUCAGACAUGGAUAAUUAUAUACAUCGUAUUGGUAGAACCGGAAGAGCAGGUCGAAAUGGUUGUGCAAUAACGUUUUUGGGCGAUGGAGAUGAUAAUAAACUCGUUGAGGACCUCUACAAUUACGUGAAAGAUAAUGAUGAAGACAGUUUGAACAGUGUAUCAAGUGUUGUAAAGCAGAAAUUCAACGUAGGUAAGAACCACUUACAGUCCAUAAUAACGUAA